UUUAUCAUCUCGCGAUAUCCUCCCGCAGUCCUCGCUGCUAACGGUCGGAAAAUUUCAAAAGAAAACUGUACUGCCUGACCUGUCAAUCAUUAAGGGAAAGGGGCGGUCCUUCCGGCGCGGCGCAGCAGCACGUGCUCUUGUGGAGGGAAAAGAGCGCUUGGCGGCGACGCGAUGGAUGCCGCCUGGUUGCGGGGCCUAUUCGGCAAGCGGGUCAGAGUCACUCUGAUGUGCGGGACUUAUUCGGGGCGUUUGCAGCAAGUGGAUACUGCCACGAAUGUUAUCGUUCUGGAUCAAGUUGAAUAUUUGGAUAAUAAGCUAAAGCUGCCUGGUGUCAGAAUAUUUUAUGGAUAUGAGAUCAAAAAUCUGGAGAUCCUUGAUGCCUUGUCGACUGCAUCUGAAAUUAAGCGAACAAAUGAUAACAAUGAUGAAAAGGGCAAACGGAAAGAUACAGCUCCGGGGGAGGCACUUGGAGAGAAACAUUUCCCAGAUUUGGAAUUUAAAUAUUUGGAACAUGAUGAUUUGGAAAUCAUUGUCAUUGACCAGUUACAUCAGAAAUUUGGUCCAGCAAUCUUUCAGAUUAAACAACAGAAUGUGAUUGGAGUUGCAGUGAAAGGUAUUAAUGUCUGCCGCUUCGGAAAGCUGUUCUGGAUGCAGAUUUCAACAAAUGAUCGGAUCUACCUCUUUGAUAUUUUUCUCCUGGGAGCAGCGGCAUUUAAAAAUGGACUUAAGAUAGUUCUGGAAGACGUUAAUGUAUUGAAGGUGAUCCAUGAUAGUCGCUUGCUCUCUGACUGCCUGUAUCACCAAUAUAGGGUGGACCUCACCAAUGUGUUUGAUACGCAGGUUGCCGAUGUUCUGCAGUUCUCCACAGAGACAGGAGGCCUUCUUCCCAGCCACGUCAGUACUUUGGGAGAAUGUCUGGUCUGUCAUCUCGGCCUCCCGCCAAGAAAAAUCCGAUUCUUGCAGCACAGUGCAGCUGUUCUCAAGGUUAAUCCAAAGGUGUGGAGUUCUCGUCCACUCCCCCCAAGUUUGAUGAAGAGCGCAGCAUUAGAAGUGAUGUUUCUCCUUCCACUCCGCUGUACUUUGAUGGACAAGUUAAUGAUGGAUUUCACAACUCAAGUGGACAACUACCUGAGCAUGUACAGAAAUAUGCCCAGCACUACUUUCGGAGGUGCUGAGACCACCUCUUUGGAACUUCCUUAUGAACUGAAGGAAUUAGCACUUAUUCAAAGAUUAAGAAGGGAAGAUGCUCUAAAAAUCUAUAAAACUGAUGAGAAUGGCUGCCUUGUGAGACCUUGCCCUCAAUUUAAGAAUAAACCCAAGGUGGAGAAUAGAAUAAUAAACAUAGACGACAUCCCAGAGCUUGAAAUGUCCAAGGCACCAAAGGAAGAUGUAAAUGAAAUGCAGAAUGAGGAGAUUCCAUUGCUUGAGCCUAUUUCCAGUUGUGAUGAAAACAUUUGUUCUCCCCUGGAACGAGUCAAUCUUUGAACAGCCAAACCUUGAGGAAAAGUAGUGCCCAUCUUUGUGGAGAUGAACUAACUGAGAUGCUGUGGCAAGAAGCCAGGGUUAUAUUUCAGCUUGUUUCUCAAGAUCUUCAGACUAAAUCAAUACCUUGUCUCAAGAUGGUAUGUUUCAAAUUCUUAUCAAAAUCCAGUUCAAGGUGAUUCCUUGAGAAGCUUCUAUGGGCCAUACUGGCCAGAACCUGUUUCUGUGUAUAGCUUACCUGGGUAGCCAAGUGACUUUUAAUUAAUGCUCUACUAUGUUGUACCUGGAGUGAGGGUCAUGAGUUUCAUUUGCACAAUGAGCUCACAGUUGGCUUACACUUUGGGAAUAGAAGUGCUAAGGGAACACUACCAAUCUUGUGCUUUAUUCAAACAACAAUAAAAAUAAGGUAAUUUUGGGAAAGAUCCCAAUGUGAUCCAGCAGGACAUUUUCCACGAAUGAAGUCAAGAUAUGUUCUUGGAUUUCACCAUGUCGUCUCAUGUGAUCUUUAGUGCUCUCAGUUUUGUAUAUUAAGUCACUUCUUACUAUUGUUAAUAAAAAGCUG